GGGACCGCCGUAGCUACUGCGUGCUCCGCCAGGCACGAUCUUCUGGUCUCUGUUGAAAAGAGAGGGCAACGCUGAAGCACUUAACAAAUCGUUAAUCUCCACCUCACUUCCCCAUUUUCCCCUCAUCGUCGUUCCUCCUGCGCCGAAAAUCCACUGAUUGUUAUGUCUAAGGCGGAAGAGAAGGAACAUCCACGCGGCUCUACUGUUAAGCGCGAAUUGAAGUGCUCCGCUUGCUUCGAUGCUCUCUGGUUCUGCUAUUCCCCCGUUCAUCAGAUGCAGCAAUAUUACAGGGUUGGUGUUCUUGAUAAUUGUUCCAAGCAAUGGAAAGCCAUGUUUGAUUGCUUAAAUCUCAAGACGAAGAGGGAAUCCGAGGUCCAGGAAAUUCUGGAAGCUCGUGAGAGUUCAAAGCCUCACAUUUGGACUUUCCGCACACCAGAAGAAGCUUCAGAGCGUUGGAACAAAAUUUACGGGCAUUUACUAGAUGAGACUGAUGAUUGAACCCAAAUAGUGCAAAUAAAGAUAUCAUUUAAUUUGACCAGUGAUUCAGAGACAGAAUAUGCUUUCAAGUACCAAGAAAAAUUAUAUGUUUUGAUUAAUGCUAAAGAGCGAGUUUUUGGUUCUAAUAUUUAUUGCUACUUAACAGAGUGAACUUUACACUCAGUGGACUAGGCAAAAAUAGUUUCCAACGAUGUUAUUUUAUUUUCUGGAAGUUGCCAUGGCUUUAGUUCUCAUUAUUCCCAUCGUUAGUUGAAUGCCUCCUUUCUGAUAUUGCUUUGUACUGCUGGAUUGCUAAAUCUUAAGUGGUUUAUUUGAAAACCCAGCAUAGCAGAUUUCCUAAUUCAUGUUC